AUGCAGCCCAUGUACGGCAGCCACCCGCAUACGCCGCGAACUCCGGGAACGCCAAACACGCCAAACUCGACGACCAACAAUCUGCCUAGCUACCAGAACACGUCGCAGCCCGCCUCGAGGCCAGGCGUCUACUCGAUGGCCCAAAACCCGUACCCUCCCCACCAUGGCUACGGCACCUCGGCCGCCAUGAUGCCGCAGUCCACCACGGCCGCCGCGCAUCCCCAGCCGAUUGCCCCCGCUCCCGCUGGCGGUCGUGGCCCCCCCAUUUUGCGCCCGAUGCCUCCUGGCGGCAUCAUGCCGCAGCCCGGCGUCUCUUCGCCCUACGGACCCGGCUCCAUGAUGCAGCCAAAUCCGGUCAUGCAGGAGGGCGAUCAGCCUACGCAUGUUGUCGGCUCGCAGGGCCGCAGAGGCAUCCUUCCCAGCGCCCCCGGACGUCCUGCUGCCCCUGCAGCCGGUACAGGCGCGGCCAAGAGCACCGUCAUCCCGGUCAAGGAUGCGGAUGGGAAGUUCCCCUGCCCUCACUGCACAAAGACCUAUCUCCACGCCAAGCACCUCAAGCGCCAUCUGCUCCGACACACGGGCGAUCGUCCCUACAUGUGUGUACUUUGCCGUGAUACGUUUUCGCGAAGUGACAUCUUGAAGCGUCACUUCCAGAAGUGCUCGAUCCGCCGGGGAAAUCCCACCGGAGCCAGCCACUUGUCCCACCCUCAAGCCCACGUUAAGAAGAACGCCCAGGCCCAGAAGGCGGCUGGCCUCAACGAGGGCGACAUGAACCAUCUCAAUGGCUUGAACAACAUGCCCGGGGACGGCAUGGUGCACCCUUUCGGCAUGGUGCCCGUCUCGGACGGGAUGAACAAUAUGCCCGGUGACCAGAGCCAGCUCUCUCGGUCAAACAGCAUGAACAGGAUGGAGAACGGCGGCAAUCAGGAUCGAAGGAACAUGCCUGCCAUGGGAACCUCGCAGCCCUACGGCGGUGAGGUCCCGAAUUCGAUGCACAAUCAGCAGAUGCCGAGUUACAGCAUGCCUCCGGGACAGAAUGGGAUGCCCAUGUAUGCUGGUUCCAACCCCAGCCAACAACCCGGCCUUGACUGGUCUCAGAUGUUCCAGGAAGCAGAUCGGAACCAAAACCGAGCCUAA